GCAAGGUUGUGGAGGCUUUUUGACUUAGUAUCCGGAGUUUUUCGUGUUGCAAUUACAUAAUUUAUUGUCCGGUGAUAUAAUAGCUGCUGAUCGUAGCAACUCCACUGGCUUAGAACAAACGCACUUAUCUAUACAUACGAAAAAUUAGCAAUCAUUCGCUAGGAUUAGUUCAAUCGAGUGGGUAGAAUACACAAUUAGGACUGUGACAAAUAAUUGUGAUUGUACUGUAACAUUGAGGAGUUGACCCAAAUAUGUCAGUUGAUCUUCACAAGCUCAUCUCAAAGUAUUUGUUUCUAUAUCUCUCAAUCUACGCUUAUUAGUCGUCCAUUUUACAGAUCACCAAUUUGAUUGAUAAUACAUUUGGAUAUAUUUAAUAAUCACAUUAAUAUGCUCACCUAAAACUGAUAAAUUGUUUUAUACAUAUAAUAUUAUGCUUCAUGUUUACGAUACGAACAAUGAUGACAACAGUGGUCAUCCUAAACCUUCAAGAAAAAAUCAGCUGAAUUGUCAUGGCAUUUUUGUAACCAGUGAAGAUUUAAAUAAUUCACUCCAAACAUUGUCAUCUUCAGUUGGUUCGCAAAAAAUUUAUUUGAAACCUUUACCUAACGAAAAUGAUAUGUUAAAUUCUAGACUAUUGAAUGAUGAUAAGAAACGAUUACCAAAAGCUGAACGUUCUGCUCUACUACCAUUCUCAUGUGAUGUUGACUGUUCAACACCUUCACCUCCAUUAUCUACCAGAUCUACACACAAUAAUGACAAUUAUUUAGAGUUGUUCGCAUCUCAACCGACUAAUACUGCUGCUACUCUACAACGAAACUCUUCCUAUUCACCAAGUGACAGCAAAAAUUACACUAUCAAAUAUACUAGCAAUUCUACUCAUUCAACAAUUACUCCAAUUAAUGAACAAGAAAACGAUCGACAGUCAUCACAACAUCGAAAACCACAUCGUCAACGUCGACAACACCAUCAUGAGAAUCGUAGUUCAUUCCAUCGGCAUAGUGUAUUACGUCAAUCACUCGGUGGUAUUAAUGUAUUAACUUAUCAUACAAAUGCAUUACAUCAAGAUUCAUCUGAACCAGACAAUGAAAUAUCGCCUAAAAGUUAUGACAGUAAUGUUGAGGAUAUCAGAAAAUGUACAGCUAAACGAGUCGAUAGUAAAUUCAUUGAUUAUUUAUCAUCAUCAGCAUCAUCGAUUCAUACUAAUAGCAGUAGUAAGUCUUUGAAGAAUUCUAAUCACUGUCAUCAUCGUCAUAAUGAUGAUGUUGAUGACUAUCAACUAAAAACAUUCCGUUUAUCAAACUUACCAUCAUGGGAUCAUUUAAAUUAUGCAUUAAAACCUUUUACAUCGAAUCAUCAUGGUAGCGAAACAAAAUUUAAAGGAUUUCGUUUAGUUCACAAAGCUAUACAAUCGGAAUAUUGUCUACCUCGUGUACAUAUUAGUAGUUAUAAUAAUAAUAAAAAUAGUAUUCCAUUUCAAUUGAAUGAUAUUAUUGUCAGUGUGAAUAAUCAUAAAUUAUCGACAAUGUCCGAAGCAGAAGCAUUACAAUAUGUAUAUAAUGCAUUUAAAGAUGCACAACAUUAUACUAUUGAUGUAGACAUUCUAAGAUCAUCAAGAAAAUCUUUUAAUAAUGAAUCAUCUUCUACAUUACUCAAACAAUCAUUGAUAACUCGUCAAAAAUCCGACUCUGGUUAUUCAAAUUCUAUCGAAGUAAAUAUUCCCAAGAAUCCACAUCGACCAAGAAGACGACGAGAAGGUGAAUGUAAAAAUUAUUCAUCUUGUGAAAUCACUUCAGAACGUUCACCUUACAAAAAUGACAAAAAAGAACAAAAAGAUCGUACUCUAUUGAUCCGUAAUACCAAUAGAACCAAUUUAAGUCGUUUAAGCCUUAUGGAUUAUCCGGAUUCGCCUAAUGUAUGCCUUAAAUCACGUCAAAUGUCGGCUGUUGACAGUGUGUCCCAUAAUUCCAGUGACAACAAUCAUGGUGUCGUUGACUAUGAUGAUAGAAUUAAUACAGCAACAUUUGCCUCAUCAUUGUGCAGUAGUAAUCUAGCAGACAGUGGAUUUGUGACAAUACGUCGACCAAAACAACCUUCACGUUUAACAAUAAUCAAUAGUGAUAGUGGUGAUGUUGCAAACAAUCGAUUUUCUUUAACUAGUGCUGGGCUUCUCUCUUCUCUUGAUAACAGUAAUAAUAAAGCGAAAAAUUCACCGAAAGUCGACACCAUUGAUAAUCGACAUCUUGAUAAUAAUCGUUCAAAUUCUCGCACACUUACACCUCACACCACAGAAGUUACAUCACCAUGUAUUCCAAGGAGAUCGUUGAAUAUGUCAAGCAAAGAUCCAAAUGCAUUCAAUACUCGAACUAUUGGUCAAACAAUGCAUAUUCAGUUGACAAAGAUGUUAACUACCGGUCUUGGUUUCACAUUGACUAGUCGUGAUACACAAACACAAAGUUCACAAAUGUCUGAUCCGGUGUAUGUGAAAAAGAUUUUACCCGAUGGCGCUGCUAUACAAGAUGGACGUUUACUGGCCGGUGAUCGUCUAUUGGCUAUUGAUGGUGAAGAAGUUCGUUCAUUAAAUCAAGUUUUGUCACAGUUACGAUCAUUGACUCCAGGGAAACAAGUGGAUUUGCUUAUAUCUCGGCAAAUUUCUUGUGAUUUAGACUCGAAUACUCGUAAAUCUUCACAAAAACACUUACCUCCACGUCCGUUUAUGACUUGUACCUUUGAGUAUCAACUUCCAUUGGAUACUACUACUAAUCAAUCAGAUACUAUAAAAGGACCUCCAGUAUUAGGAAUCAAUUUCAAAUGGUCCAAUGAUAUUUUAACAUCACCAUUAUUAUCUUCAUCCCCAUCAUCACCACAGACAGUAACUACAAAGUCAAUUACAAGACCAGCUUCUCCAUCUCAGUAUUCUUCUAUACCAGGUUUAUAUGUCGAUAGUCUUCUGCCUGAUACUCUUGUUACUUCAAGCAAUCAUGUAACUGUAAAAACUGGCGAUCGUCUUGUUGCAAUUAAUGGGGAAUCUGUAGAUGGAAUGAAUGCUAAAACUAUUGUAAAUAAGUUGAAAAAUGUUAUCAAACAAUGUCAUGAGCAAAAUAUUAGUAACUCCGAUCAAUCGUCAGCCUCAUUCACUCUCACUGUUCAUCGAUAUAAGAAUCAAAAUGAUCGUCGAUCAAGUGUUGGAGAUACAUUGAAACUAACAUCUGUACAUCCACCAAGUUGUAGACACAUUAAAACAAUACGUGGUGAAGCAGUAGAAAAGGGUCAUCCUGGUCGUCAUGAACAUAGUAAAUUGAAUAGCCCAGCUGAUUCACAAGAUACUUGUUCAUUAUCGUUUACAUUAAAUGAUAGUCGUCGACGUCUGUUACAUAGAUCUGACUCGAUAUCGUCUGAAAUUGGAUCACAUAUAUUGCAUCAUGAUUAUCAUGGGGAUUCUCAUUCACAUUUAUCUAGUCAAAGAUCAGAUAUUCAUGAGGAUAAUCAUCUGUUAUCAACAGAAUCGUUGUUAAAAGUAAACUAUCCUACAUCAAGAAAUUUAUCAGUACCAUCUAACAGAAAUUUUUUACGUGAUGGAUUUGGACGUCGUAGUGUUUCAGAAAAACGUCAUGGUCAUGUGGAUGCUUCACAGUAUUCGUUUUUUCAAACAAAUAUUCUUCCUAAUCGUUAUAAAAUGCCAGAAGAUGUUGAUAAACAAUAUUCCACUAUGCCAACAACACGUCGACUUAAAAUGCAUAAAGCUCGAUUAGCCGCUGUUGCUGCCAAUGUAGAUUCAUAUUCCUCGAUUGGUGGAGGAGGUCUAAUAUUUAACAAUUCAACAUCAUGUACAAGCUCAGGUCCUUUAAAAGCAUUACAUCCAUUAGACAAUGUACUUCCACAAUCUUUAUCAAAUACAUCUUACCGAGAUCCAGAGGAAAUAGACAUCGAGUCUCAGCUAGAUCAACCGCCAAUUCUAAGAAAUCGAAAGCAAAAUACUAGUUUCCGUCAUGCCGUAGAUCGUUCAUUUUACCCUACUUCUACUACCACUACUACUGCUGCUGAUACUACUACCGCAUACUAUAAUUCAUUUGAUACGAAUGCUUCCCCAUCAUCUUCUGCUCCCCCCAUACCACCACAUCGUCCGCGUAGUGAAAGCGGCACUCGUGACAAGUUGUCUAAUAAUCCUCAGCAUAAAAAUUCCAGCAAAACAAAAAACUCCAAUCCCUUACCUGAAAAAUCCACAGGUUCUAUUUUAUUCUCUUCUUCUCCUUCAGUCUACAAAACAAUUGAUAAACUUGAACGUGCUCAUUCGAAACCUCGUCCAGAAAUUCAUUUAAAUAAUUCUGUCUUAGUCAAAGAUUCAAAGUCAUCGUCACAUUCCAUUUCAAAUAAUAAUCUCCCUACUGAACAAAAACACAGUAAAAGUGGACGAAUAAGUUUAAAAAAUCUCUUCAGAAUUGGUAAUUCUAAAACUGAAUCCGAAUUGAAUGGUGACUAUUUAUUACAUAAUUCUAAUCAAUCUAAACCAAUAUCGGAGACAUCAACUAUUCUAUCUAAAAAACAAUUACGACGCCUUUCAGUUCCUGAAUAUCAAUCUACUAAUAAUCUCUUAACAUCAACAAAGUUAAUAGAUAAAAUUCAUGAAAAGAACAGUUAUAAUAAUUAUACUUCUACCACUACCACUACUUCUACUAUUCCAUCUGUUCAGCAAAUCUUUAAUCAUUCAUCUAGUCAGUCAAAAUUAUCUAACACUACUCAUUAUAUGGAUUGUAAUGUAAUUUGUAAUGAUUCUAUGUACAAAACAAUAUCACCGAAUAUAAUGACUAAUAAUAAUCAUAAUAAUUACAAGACUAUCUCUGUAAAUCAUCCAUACUGUCCUCCACCUGAUAUUAGUCCACCUCCGCUACCACCUCGUGUCAGUUAUACAACACCACCUAUAUUAACAAUGAAAUCGAAUAAUUCCAAAAUGAUUAAAUAUCGUCCACUGCCAGAAGAGCGAUCUAAUAAUGAUCCUCGAAUGAUUGAUGAGACAAGACAGAAUAGACGCAAAAAAUCAUCAUACUCAAUGACCACAUCUGUUAUCUCAUCCCAUUCAACUACUCAUCAAUCAAAAUCAUCUCCAAAAAUCACUUCAACAGCUUCGUCUCCGACUUAUUGCUUAGCAUUGAACACUGUUGAUCCAACCGUAUUAUCAACAAGUAUUAAAAAAUCGAAUUUUGGUCAUGAUGACAAUAAUGCAUUAGUAACUAACGACAAUUCUCGUAGUCGUCGUCGCCGUCAUCAUCAUCAUUAUGAACAUCAUAAAAAUUCUAACCAACAAGAUGGUAUUCUCUCCGAAAGUUCCACUAAAUCCCAGACACCUGCUAUUUACAUGAAUUCUAAGCAGAUAGAUAAAGAUUAUAAAAAAUCUACUCCAUCUCCUCAUCGUUCACGUUCAACACAUGCUCGUCUACCAUUGAAUAAAAGUCAACAUAAUAAUCAUGAUAAUAUAACAACAACAACAACAAACACAGUAGCAACAAUAAUGUCAACAACGAAUUCACCUGAAUCUAUUCACUAUUAUCAAGCACCAUUAAUUUCUAGUCAUUCAGCUAUGUCAACUCCUCGUCGUCAUCGUCGUUUACAAGAUGGUCGAAAAUCAGAAUAUCAUAUCAAUAAUAGAAAACAACAAAUCACUAUGCAAGAGGCAUCAUUAAUUGUCUCAUUUCCAAUGGAUAAAUUAAUUACUCCGAAACAUUCAUCAAUCCAUCAUCAACAUUGAUGUGUUAUCCAACAUGAACUUACUUAAUAUUUCUCUUGUGCAACUAUUAUUUCCGGUUUUGUGAAUUGUCAAGAUAUGAUCUAUCUAUUUACUUACUUGAAAAAUACCCCCUCCCACACACACACACACACACCUCCUCUUGGUAAUUAUUUUGAUACGUUGACUAUUUAUAAUUUUGUUUCAAUAAUACUGUUAGAUUCAGUCUUCAUUGUAAAACAUACAUAUCAGUGGCUAAAAUCUCAAGAAUUCAUCAAUUUUUUUUUGUGUUGAAUAUGAUACAAUUUCGUUUCACUGUUGUUGUUUUUCUCUGUGUGUGUGUGUGUCCUCUUCUUGAUCCUGAUCUGGAAAAUGUGCCUUAAACUUUUAUAAUUAAAUUUGUGUUCAUUUCGAUAAGUGUUGUUGUUGUAGUUGUUAUUGUUUCUGUCGUUAUGCCUAGUUCGUAGUGGAUUAUCACAACCAGCGAUAUCAUAUUGAAGUUCUAAUCAUUUCGCAUAUAUUCUGUCUUAUUUUUAUAAGCAUACAAUUACAUAUCAGCAUUAUUAUUAUUAUUAUCAACCAGACUAUUUUACUUAUGAUUACCUCUCUAUGCUCCGUCGAAAAAUUUUGGAAUUUGAAAUUGUCCAUUGUAUUUUCUAGUUCAACUCUCUCUCAUCCUGUAUUGGUUGGUUUGUGUUGUGUGUGUGUGUGUGUAGUAAAUUCUUGAUCUCAAGUGACAAAAUCAUGCCUUUUAUUCUGUUUUUCUCAAAUGAUAAUAAAAUGUGAGAACAUUUUUGUAUUUUGAAUCAUUGUUCCUUACACACACACACACACAAAAUCUCUCCCCCUUCCUUUAAUAUACAUAUACAUAUCAUCAUGAAUAUGUAAUAAGAAUAAUAGUGUGUACAUAUUGCUUUGUUUUUUUAAUGUGUACUUACUUUUGAUACUUUACAAAUUAUCUUAAUUUACUAUCACUAGUUCCAUCAUGUUAAAUUUUCAGAACAACAACAACAAUAAUAAUAAUAAAAAGGAGUCGUAACCAGUGUCAUAUUUGAAGUGAACAUAUCCUUUUCAAUUUAACGUUUCCUAAUAUCUUCACAUUCAUUAUUAUUGAUCCAUAUAUUAUCAUCAUCAUCCUAUUGUUGCCAUGAAUAUUAGAUGAUAGUGUUCAGUAAUAGAUGAUAUAUAUAUAUAUUCCAUAUCUUUAAUAUUUCACAUUUUUGCUGUUGUUGUUAUUCUUCCUUGAUAUCUAUUAUCAAAUAGCUUCUUUAUUGUCAAACUAUUUUAACUAUUUCAUAGCAUUUAUUUCCUUACUUUGAGUAAUUAUUGCAUCGAGUUUCGUUAAUGCUGAAUACAAAUAAAUGAGGUAUCUCUUCUCUCUGUGUAGUGUCUAUUCGUCAAUAGUUCUUUCCAUUGUAUAUUGACAAAUAUCAAUAGUCUAUUCAUAAUUAGUAGUAUAUUGUUGAGUGCUUUAAUCCUAUUGAUUCUAUCAUCAUUAUUUGUAUUGGUCAAAUGGUGUGAAAAAAUAACUUUGUGAAUCUUUGUUUUUGUUUUUUUUCCCUCUCAAAUGUAAGUAUCCACCUUAUGAUCAGUCAAUCGAUCGAUCUCCCUGUUUUGUUCCAUGAACCAAAUCGAUUCUUCCUUCUCCUUUUUUUUCUAUACAUAUGUAUAUGUACACUGACCCAUUUGAAUUGUUCUUUUGCCAGUUGGAUCAUAUUUAUUUGUUAUUUUCUGAUUACUUUAUUUGAUUUGCUCUUUAGUUGUUGAGUAAUUUUUUCUUUUGUGUGUGUGUGUAAGUGUGUUACCUUGUCAACUCGUGGUAUUUUUUCUCUUUGCUGUGUUGUUAAUUUGUCUACUAUUUUAAAAAAAACAACUACGAAUAGUAAUUGAAUAAAAAUGCUUUGAGUUCUUCCUA